AUGCCGGAGUCGGCUGCCGCUUCCAAGAAGGGCUCCAAGAAGGCCGUGACCAAGGCGCAGAAGAAGGACGGCAAGAAGCGCAAGCGCAGCCGCAAGGAGAGCUACUCGGUGUACGUGUACAAGGUGCUCAAGCAGGUGCACCCCGACACGGGCAUCUCGUCCAAGGCCAUGGGCAUCAUGAACUCGUUCGUGAACGACAUCUUCGAGCGCAUCGCCGGCGAAGCGUCCCGCCUGGCGCACUACAACAAGCGCUCGACCAUCACGUCUCGGGAGAUCCAGACGGCCGUGCGCCUGCUGCUGCCCGGGGAGCUGGCCAAGCACGCCGUGUCCGAGGGCACCAAGGCCGUCACCAAGUACACCAGCGCCAAGUGAGCGCACUGAGCAAGCAUAAGCGGGAAACCCAAAGGCUCUUUUCGGAGCCUUG